AAUAGUUCUCAAUUAAUGUCAUGCGCAUACUACUAGCAUAUUAAGAGAUUUAAUUCAAGGGGCAGUUGACAAACUGAUUACUCGUAUAACUUUGAAAUUUAUUCAGUGUCGUAUUGUUCUGAAAUACAGAUAGGAUAAAUUUCGUUCAAUUUUCAGCAUGAGGGUACUCUUGAAAACAUUAGGAACAACCUUCAGAAAAUAUCCUGUUUUUUCGAAUUCAAUUAUAUAUGGAUCAUUAUGUGUUGGAGCUGAAUUUUCUCAACAGACGUUUCAAAGAAAAAUUAUGACAAGCCAUCCUCAAAAAUACGAUACAGGUGUGAUUGCUAGAUAUGCUAUAUAUGGUACUACGAUGACAGGUCCUCUACUAACUGUCUGGUAUAGGUGGCUCGACAAUUAUCUUGUCGGAAAAUCCUUAAAAGUGAUAGCAGGAAAAGUCCUUAUAGAUCAAUUCUUCAUGACACCACAAAUUUUGGUCAUUUUCUAUGUGGCAAUGAGUAUAAUGGAGAGAAAGGAAAAUAUAUUUCAAGAAUUACAAGAAAAAUUCCCUGUUACAUUCAAGAAUAGUUGUUUGUUCUGGUUACCUAUGACAUCUAUCAAUUUUCUGAUGAUACCAAAGAGGUUUAGGGUGAUCUUUGUUGGAUCCUGUAGUUUCGCCUGGAUUAAUAUACUGUGUUGGAUCAAGAGAAACGAACCAUUGGAAUAAUAAUAAGGAUAAUAUUGGAUUCUUCUUUAUGAUUUUCACAUAUACUUAAGUAAAAUAAAUAGAAAAAAAUCUUCGAAA